UUACUCAUCAUAAAGCCGAAGUUUGACAGCGAGGGGAGAUCAACCGAAGAUGUGGUCAGUCUGACGACUCUGCUUCGAUUGACGCAGCUCAGCCUGCAAAGUGUGGGACAGAAUUUGAGGUCAUUCAUGAUGGAGCCCUAUUCUUCGAGGAGGAAAGGGUGCUGUGUGCGUCAGGAGAACGCCUGUCUGACCAUGCAGGAUGAGCAGCUUAUUGGCGAGCUGGAUGCAAUGCACUAUGGAUUGGCCCCCUCCAAGUCGCAGAUCCUCAUCCAAGGCUCCAGGGUAGAGGGGAAAAACAGGGUGGCAGUCAUGAGCGAGCAGAUCCGUCAGCUUCAAACAAAGCUGGAGACUCAAGCCACAGAACUAAAGACUGCAGAGCUGAGGGCAGACUGUAGCCAGGAAGCAGCAGCUCACGGGGACAUUUUGGUGGCGUCUCUCACCGAGCAGCUGAGCACGCUCAGGGAAGCGUUGGAGAACAACACGGCCCUGUGCAAACGGGCAGAGCAACAAAGAAACCAAGCACUACAAAAUGCAGAGAAACUCAAAGAAGCCUUCAAAGAAUAUAAGGCUACCAUUUCUAUUAAACUCACAAGGGUGAUGGAGAAUGAGAGCAAACUUAAAGAGAUUCUUGUUGACUGUGACAGAGAAAAAGAAGAUUUGCAAAUGAAGUGCACAGAGCUGGAGAAAGGGAAGGUUGAACAGAACCAAACAAUUAGCCAGCUGAAGGAGGAGGUCAAGUGUGCUGCUGGCCUCCAGGCUCAACUGGAGGAAGCCGGACAAAAGGUCGUUCAUCUCGAACGACAGCUUGUGGAGCGUGGCGCAGAGUUCAGGGAGCUGGCUUCUCUGCGAAAGGAGCUGGAGAACUUGCGCACGUUGACCCGUAGCCAAGAGCAGAAAGUGUCCCAGAGCCAGGGAGAGGCUCAGCAGAGCCAGGCAGAGCUCGCCAGCCUGGAGGCCAUACUGUCUCUGCUUCAUCUACGAGAGGGUGCUGUGGGGACACUCUGCGUCAGGCCCUGCAUGUUUCCCCCAGUGAACUAUUUAGGAACGGCACACCUACUGAAGCUAAAGCCAGGGGAAGGCUACCAGCAGCUGCUGCGAGUGCUCCAGUCGAUGGAGACUGAGCGGACCAAACAGGACGGCCUGGUCCAGCGUCUUCAGGAGCGUUUGAGCAGAACUCAGGAGGAGAUCUCCUCGCUGCAGAGCUCCAUGAGCCAGAGAGCCUCCCACUAUCAGAGCCUCCACACAGAGCUGCUGGACAAAGUCAGUCAAGCCACUGACACAGAGAAAGAAUUGAAAAGAAAAAGUGCUCGUGUGGCUUCGUUGGAGAAACAGUUACAGGAGAAAAGCUCGGCCUACAGUCAGGCCGCACUGACGAACACUGAGCUGGACAAGCAGCUCCUGGAGAAAAGCAGCACCCUUCAGCAUUACCAGUCACUGAUGACCAAAAAACAAAGAGAGUAUCAGCAGUCUUUGGACAAGCUUAAAAAAUCCCAAUCCCAGCAACUCACGGAGCAACAGCACAGAAUGGAAAUGCUGCAGCAGGCCGUGGAGGAGGCUCAGUCUCGGAGGUUAGCGCUGGAACAGGAGCUGAGCUCUCUCCACAGGGAGCGGGACCACGCUCAGGACGCAGCUCUUCUGCUGCAGAGCUCAAUUGACCAACUCGCUCAGCAGCGGCAGGACGAAGUGAGACACAACGAGGUGUUGCUGGAGAGCUUCACAGAGCAGGCAGCUCAGUCUGCUGCCAAGGUUAGCGAACUUCAGUCGUCUCUGUCAGCGUGUAGAGAGGAGCUGAACUCUUACCUGCAGCAGAUGGACGAGAUGAAGAAGAACUAUGAGAGCGAGCUGCAGUCGAGCAAAUACAAGGUGUCUUCUCUACAGGAGAAGCUCCAAGGUGCCAAUCUGGUUUGUCAGAACUCCAGUGAGCAGAACCUGCAGCUGCAGCUUUCUCUCCAGCACCAGCAAACCAUGCUGACCGAGAGCACGGCUCACAUCUCUGAACUGGAGGAAAGUCAGAGCCAGCUGCAGAAACAGGUGUCCAGUCUGGAGCAGCAGCUGGAACGAGCUCGGGCCACUCUGCAGGGCGAAGUAAGGAACAGAGAGCGGGACGGCCGGGAGAGAGAUCAGAACCUGCAGGAGAUGAACCAGCAGAACAAACAACUAUCCGAGUCUGUCAGCCACCUGACAUCAGAGAUAACAAAGUGUCGCGGGGAGCUGGUGUCGAAAGAUUCAGAGCUGCAGUGUUUGAGGAAGGACGUCAACGACAAGACUUCCCAUAUCAGCAGCUUGGGCGAAAGCCUGCAGCACACAAAGAGGCAGCUCGACAGCAAGAGUGACACGUUAAUGGAUUUGGGGGAGAAGCUACGUUGCUGCGAGGCCGACCGGCUCAAUUGUGCCCAGCGGGCCCAGAUGCUGGAGGGACAGCUUCAGGCGGUUCAGCGAGAGUUAGCCGAGACUCUGGAGCAACUACGGGAACUCAGAGAUGUUCUCCAAACCACCCAAACAAUUGCAGAUGAGCGGCAAGCCUCUGUAGAAAAACUGACUGUCCGACUCAGUGAGACACAGAGGGAGUUGGAGGAGAGAACUCAUGAGGUCUUAGACAUGGACAAUGCACUGAAGGAGAGACAGGGGGAGCUGCAAAAGAGAGCAGAACUGCUGCGUCACCUGGAAGUGGCCAUCAGAGACCACAAGCAGGAGAUGGAGAGGAAGGUGGAUUCUUUGCAGCAGAACCUGCAGGCCAGAGAGAGCGAGCUGAGAGACGCACAGCGGGAGCUCACAGACAGAACCAAAGGGCAACACGCGCUCGACCAGCAGCUGUGUGUUUGUCAGCAAAAACUUCACACUUCACUGCAAAAACUUGAAGAAACUCAACGUCACUGUGAGGCGUUGACCGGAGAGUUGGACGCCACCAAGCUGCAGACCAAAGAGAAGGAGGUGAGGCUGGACGGGGUGGAGGAGGAGCUGGCUCUGAAGGAGGCCCGCUGGUUGCAGUUGGAGGCGGAGCUGCAGAGCAUAGUCACCUCUUUGGAGCUGGAGCUGGACCUGGAGAAAGAGCAGCACAGCAAGGAGCUGGAGUCCCUACAGCAGACUCGCGGACAGCUCCUCAAAGUCUCCGAGCAAAUCUCCUCCACCAUGCUAUCCUCCCAGGAGCAGCUUGCAGCUAAGCUUCAGCAGAGCCAGAACCAACUGGAGGAAGCCAAAACCCAACUCGAGCAAACUAAGGCGCGGUUGAAUCGCACCCGCAACGAAGCCAGUCACCUCCAAACGCAGAGAGACCAGAGCCGGACCCAGCUGGAGCAGAGCAAGACCCAGCUGGAGCAGAGCAGGAUUCUGUGUGAACAGACAAGAGCCCAGAAUAGUCAACUCCACUCCCAGCUGGAGAAGCUCAGCACCCAGUUGAUUCAAGCCAACAUGCAGGUCGGUCAGCUCCAGACUCACCUACAGGCCUCCAAGAAAUCCGUGGAGAUGUCUAACGAAUCCCUGCUCAUCAAGGAGUCCGAAGCGACCCGUCUUCAAGCCAGGAUCUCCUGUCUGGAGCGAGCGGCUGACCGCGACCAUCUGUACACUCACAAAGUCUCCCUGGCUGCUCCGCACACAUUCACACACUCCCUGGAGAGCUCCUCCUCUGCUCACUGGCCCCCCGCCUCCCCCCACAAGCUGCAAACAACUCCCCCUUCUAUACUCGCUCAGUCGACUCGCCCCCCCUCCCCGACGCGGACGCGCGCUUGCUCAUCGCCUCCUGCCCACUCGUACCUUCAGCCCGUCUCCUCCUCUCAUCAGUCCCACCAAAGCGAGAGCCAGCGGACAUGUGACUGGCUGCAGAGAAGCAGCGGCGAUUCCUCUCUGGAGCUCUCUCAGAGCCUGAAGGCCACACUGAGGGAGGCUUUGGGCAGGAGCCCGUGGGAGUCAUCCUCCCCCUCCUUCUCGGACACGGAGGACCACAGCUGGCAGGGUCUCAACGACAUGGAGGCCACAGAAACCCCUGACCGCUCCUUCAACCCACUGACAUACAGGGUGGAGAAGAGAGAGCACGUAAACCCCGACAUGGAGGCCGCCUCCACACAGGACAGCGACGAUGAGCAGAGGAGCGAGUCGAGGAGGGAGUCCGUGUGCACUCUGGUGGGUCAGGAGGAGGAGGAGGCGGACAUGAGUUCACUCACGGGGAUGCUGAGGUUUGUUAAUCAGACGUUAGCCAUGCAGGAGGAUCCUUCUUUAUGGAACGCCACGGGGUCGUCGCAGACCGGACGCAUCUUCACACUCCAGGCAUCCCUGUCGUUGCUGCUCCUGUCGUCCAAUCGGUGCUCGUCAGAACAGACCCAUGAACACACCGAACCUGCAGUGUUUAGUCGCACCAGGGUCAUUACCGGCGCACCAGUAAACAUCUACGCAUCUAAUGCGAUCUGA